AAUAAUAACUCGUUUAAUUGUGAAAUAGAGAAAUGAAAGUGGAUUUGCUUCCGGGUUAUGUGUACCUAUUGACAAUAUUUUGUUGUACACGUCGUAGUUGAAAUUGCAAAUCAAGAUUUAAACAGUACAUUAUUAUUAUUAUUAUUAACUCAUAAAUAAGUGUAACUAGGAAUAUGUCUUCAUUUUUUUCUAUUAAUUGAUGUGAGCAUGCACAAUCAGUCGUCAGGCCAACACAUUAUCAUAUUAUUAUACUAUUUUUGUUUGUAAACUUACUUUUUCAGUUUAAUAAAAUUAGAAACUACCACAAACCAUGACAUCCCAAUAUCAAGUUUAAGUCUAACUAAACUAAAGGCGGGUCCCUUUUUUUUUUUUAGAUUAAAUACUAGAUCUAAAUUCUCUUCGGAUGUUUCUGUUUUUUAAAACUACAUUGUCAUGUGUUCAUUAGUCUAAGCCUACUAACAAUAGCAAGGAGAUAUUUCUAAAAUUGUCAUAAAUUUCAUCAUAAUCAUAUUCAUAAUCAUUUUUUUUUCCAUAGUCAUAGUCACUAAAAAAAGUAUCAUCCAAGUUUGUCUUAACAAACGUCAAAGACUAGCAAAAUAGGAAAAUUUUAAUCACGAAUGCCACAUUUUUAUCGAAUUUCACGAAUGACGAAUGUAUCCCUAAAUCGAUCCCUAUGCCUAACCUCAACCCUAACCUGAACCCUAAAUCGAUCCCUAUGCCUAACCUGAACCCUAAAUUUAUGCCUAACCCUAACCCUAAAUCAAUCCCUAUGCCUAACCUGAACCCUAAAUCGAUCCCUCAACCUAACCUAAACCCUAAUUCAAAUUCACUGCAACUAUAAUAAACACAAAAGACGCCGUGGCAUCCCUCCUUAAUGUCAGCCGCAAAAUACUAAGAUUAAACCACUUGGACUUGAUUUGACUUGAUUGAUAUAAAUAUAAGAAAAAAAAUGUUUGUUGUUCAUUUUUAUAAUAAUAAUAAUCAUAGUCAUAGCUUAAUUAUUUUUAUACCAAACCUCUGAGUCUGAGAAAGGAGGUUGAAUACUCAAACCCUACCACCACUACCACCACUUACACAUGAUCUGCAUUUAUUUCAUAGCUUCAGCUGUGGCAAAAAAUAAGAGUGACAGCACUGAAAGCAUUAUCAAUUAUAGUUAUAUUAUAAAUAAAUUAUAUCAUCUGAUCUGAAAUCAGAAUUUUUAUUUUUAGACUGUUAACCUUUUGGGUCUUGUUUCUUUUUUUUCAGUAAUAAAUAAAACUUCAAAUUAACUUUAUGUCAUGGUCAAGAUAUUGGCUAAUGGGGAUAUUGUCCCCGAUGAUGAUCCAAGAGUAAAACAAGCUUCCAGAAGAUCAGCUGCAAAUCCUACAAGACAGGUAGUUGUCAGGCAUAUUUUAUUUUGUUACUCCACAGAUAAUUAUUGAUUUAAUAUUAUUUAUACCCCAGAUUCUUAAUAUUUAAAGAGUUAAGAAUAACUUACAUUAGGCUUUGUAUUUUUUAUUAAGUUGGUCAAUUCAAGUGUGCUUUAUCUUUUAAAUGAAAAUUUACCACAUUUAUUUUGGGGGAGGUGUAUUUUUAUUAAGUUGGUCAAUUCAAGUGUGCUUUAUCUUUUAAAUGAAAAUUUACAUUUAUUUUUUUUUGGGGGGGGUGCAGACUGUACAUAAGUAAUAAUUUCAUUAAAAUGAUUUAAUUUCCCAUCACUUCUUAUAUACUGGUACCCGCCCUUAGAUUUUUCUGAUUACUACAGCAACUCAUCAAUCUAAUUUUAAAGCAGUCAUAUAUUAAAAUGAAAUUAUUGAAAAGUUAAUUUUAAAAUAUUUGUGAUGUAAAAGAUAUUGCUUGUAGUUGUAGGUGCAAGAUUUUGUUCCAUAAUGCAUGAGUCAAUCCUUAAAGAGGUGAAACGCAUUUGAUUUUUUUCUUCUUUUUGUGCAUAGGGUGGAUUUCAGUCAGCAGGCGAUAACAGAGAUGACCAGGGACCAGUUCAGCAAAUAAAUAUAUUUCAAUCUCUGAACCAAAGACUUCUUGCAUUUGGCAUUCCACAGUUGAGAUUGGGUGACAUAGUUGUGGAGCCCAUUGUUUUAGUGGGUUUCAUCUUAGUGUUGAUGAUAUUUGGUAUUCAUGGACUUAUAUUUGGAGUCUUGCUGUAUACUGUGAGCAGAUGGAGUCAGUAUGGAGCGCCUGAUUUUGUUAAAAGAUUGUUUGGAGGUAAUGAAAAUCAACACAGAGAUGAAAAUAGAAAUAACAGGGGGUUGGGUAGAGCAGGGGGUGGUUACAGGCUGGGUAGAUAGGAGCACGACCAGGACAAAAUUAGCACGAGUAUGUAUACUUAUUUUCAACCAAUGGCAUCACUGCAAAAAAAAAAAAAGAAACUGAUUUAUAUGUAUAGCUGGUACACACAUUGUCUGAUGCAUGGCUGUAGUUGCACACAAAUGUUUUGUUUAAAUUAAAUAUUUCGUAUGUAAGAUAAAUGCAUGAUGAAAGGCAGCAGAUUUAGUAUGUUUGUAAAAGAAAUGUAUGUAUGCAUGACAUUGACAAUUGGUGUUAACUUUUGUUUAACCAUCUUUUUUUAACAUCAGUGAAGUUUUUUUUGGACAAAAAUUUGAUUUUGUAUUUGUUACAUUGUUUAAUGGAUGACAAAUAAACAGCAACUAUUUUUACCAU